AUGACCAUCGCAGAGUUGGAGCAAGAAGUUGGUAUCUCUCACGGAUCCAUUCAUGCCAUUUGGUACGAUGAUUUGAUGAUGAGACACGUCAGUGCGAAGUUUGUUCCAAGGCAGCUGACUAUGGAUCAGAUGGAAUGUUGUAUGAUGGUCGCUGGUGAUCUGUUUAACAAAAGUACACAGGACCCGACGUUUCUCAAAAAGAUCAUCACUGGUGAUGAGUCAUUGAUGUUUGCCUACGACCUGGAAACAAGGAUGCAGUCAUCGGAGUGGCACACUGCAUCAUCUCCUCAGCCAAAAAAAUCACGCCUUGUCAGAUCCAAAGACAAAGUGAUUCUCACUGCAUUCUUUGACAUCUAUGGUUUGGUGCACCAUGAGUUCUUACCGCCUGGACAGACUUUCACUGGCAAUUUCUACGUGCAAGUUUUGCAGAGGUUGCGUGAUGCGGUUUGA